UUGCAAAUGGGAUAAAGAAUAGGAAUAAGCCUUAAAAGACGCAAGCAGACGGUCCACAUCCCCCGUCCUUUCCCAAUUCCCCUCUCUUCACUCCCAUUUUGCCAAAAAAAGUUACUGUUUAAUUUGUAGCGAUACUUACCUCAGAUCGUAAGGAAAAAAUGGCUACUUUGCAGAAAUUCAAGCUACUCGCAACUCAAUGUGCAGUAGCAGGAAGCCCAACACGUAGCCCAACAACAAGCCCAGUUGUACACCUCCGCCGCCGAAAAACCCUCCGUAUGCUCCUCACCCGUGGCGGAAGUGGCAGUGGCCGUAGACCCCCGCGCCGGGAAAUCUGUUCGCCGGAUCGACACCGCGAUUCGACGGAAAAGGGGAAUGAACUGGUGGUAAGUCACAAGCUUAAGGACUUGUUUGUUUCGUCGCCUCCUUCGUUUUCGGAGAAUACGAGACAGGGAUUAUCGCCAGCAACAUCUGGUAACGGCGGCGGUAGUGGUCGGAGAAUAGGGUUAGGGUUACGUUCGCUUAGGCCAUUAUCGGCGACUUUCCGGCAACGGUUAAUGAGGAGAGCUUGGCGACCUGUACUUGUGAGCAUACCUGAGUAAAUUAAAUUAAUUCACUAGGUAUAUUGUAUUUGUACCUGAUUAAUUAGAGAAAAAUAAAUACUUUAGUCAUAUAUUAGGAGUUAUAACUUAUUAAUUCUCUCUGAUUUUGUUC